AUGAGCGAGCCGGAAGCGUGGCGCGCGGCGCUCGUGCGGGGCGCGACGUGGGUGCAAACCGGGAGUGCCGCGACGCUCGGCAGCGUGCUUGUUACGCACCUGGCCGCGCCGGUAGUCGCUGGCCUCGUGGGCCCGGCCGGCCUCGAUAGGGCGAACCAGACGAUGCUCCUCGGCCGGGUGUACUACCAAAGCCCCAUGCUGGAGCCGGUCGUGGUGUGGGGCGCGCUCGGUGCGCACCUGCUCUCGUCGAUUGUGCGCCGCGCGCUCAUGCGCCAUGCCAAGUCAAAAGGGGCGUGGGACGUGCGCCGCUGGACGUGGGGCCAGUGGCACAGCGCCGCGGGCUUUGUCCUCGCCCCGGUGCUCCUCCUCCACGUCUGGACGAACCGCGUGGCGCCCGCGACGGCCGCGGCGCCCAUCGCGGCGCUCUCGCCGUCGGAGCUCGAUAUGGCGUACGUAGGUUUCGGCCUCACCGACGUGCGGUACCGCGCCGUGUCGUGGGGCGCCUAUACCCUGCUCAUUGCCUCGACGGCCGUGCACUGGCUCGGCGGCGCGCCAAAGAUGGCGCGCCGCCUCGGGCGCAAAGCCGUCUCGCCGCGCGCCGCCGCGUACGCCGCGCUGGGCCUCGGCGUACUCUUGGCGCUCGGGACAAGUGCGAUUGCACGCGACGGCGUCGACGGCGUCGGCGCGGCGAUGCUCGAACGCAUUCACGCAUCCUACGCACAAGUAUAUAGGGUAUAA